AUUCAUGUCUUCCAGUCGGCAAGUUUCUUCCUUAUAUAAUAUAUGCCUCCCUAGGCGCCAUCAUUAUUAAAUCCCAGCCUCCAAUCUUCCAGCUCCUUCUGAACAUGUCCGAACCUCUGCAUCGACUUCUCUGCAGAUCUACCUCUUUGCUCCCGUUCGCGAUUUGGACGGGAGGAUUCGGCUUCGAUGGUAGCUCUGUGGGCGAUUUGCCCUCGAUGCUUGGUUGCUCCCACGGAUCCGCAGAUAUCGACCUCUUGAGUAUCGUGUAUCAGCUCUGCUUCUAUGCCGGUAUGUCUAUUUUCUAUGGAAUUUUGAUUUGUUUGUUUUUGGAUAUGUUUGAUCUAGCUAGUUUGUUCUUUCGGGAAGUACGUCUCCUCUUAUUUAGCCUGCUUGUAUGGAGGUUUCGUUGCUUAAUUUUGUGAUAAUGGAUGAUUCAUAAGUCUGCCGCUCAGGUAUUUUGCUGAUGGGUUUAAUUGGAGUGGCGUUUGCAUGCUUGAUACUGAAUCGCACGCUAGUUUCGGUGUUAGGGUUUGUACUGUUGAUUUGCGUUUGAUCGAUCAGUACUAGUUGUGAAUUUUCUUCUUGAUCUUGUAUUUGGAGCUGGUUGGUUGUUUUGGAACGGUUUACAGAAGAGUUCCGUUGCUGCUGAUAUGGUUGUUGAUGUCUUAUCGUGCCUUCUUUUCAUAGUGGUUGAUUCUAGGGAGUUCGAGCUUGGAGGGAGACGAUAUGAACUUCGAUCAUGGUGAGAUCAGGGUGUGUUCUUCAGCUAGCCGCCCGCCUGCUUAUGAUCUGAUGAUCGGUGACGAAUUUUGCCAGCUAGAAUUGAGCUAGCUGGAAGGGUUCGUGAAGGUUACUGUGCUGGAACACGGUUUGUGAUUUUAUUUAUGUCUUCAUUCAAUCUGUCCAUCGUGUUGCUCAGAAGACAAUUAGGGGGUUCUUUUUUUAAGCGUUACUUUUGCCUGUGACGUUGUUUGUCAAUCGACCUUUGCCAUGUUGGGUGCGCUCGCAUGGCAGGUCACUGAUACCCUAAUAAAAGAAGCAUUUUUCGGGUUUGGAGGGGGGAGAUGGCACAGGGGUAUUCUUUCUUAGUGAAGUAUUUUCGACCCCCGGCUCUCCCUCCUCCAUGUGGGUGUGGGUGUGUUGUUGUGCUCCUCUUUCCCCCUUUUCCUUCAUUUCCAUUCAAUAGUUACUCACUGCAAGGCAACCGGGACAGAACAUGCAUACAGGGAACCAGAAUAACCUUCACAGGUACAAAUUUCCUUGUUCCUGCUGCUUAAUUCCACGAUCUUAUACAUAGAUAGGUAUUUGAUCAUCUAUUUUCAAUCUGCAUCCGUGAGAAGUACAUUUGCAGCAGUAAUCAACUCAGCCAGAUGUUUAAGUUAACGAAUACCUGCCCCUAAUUGACAGGUCUGUUGGUUAUUCUACCUGAAACUGUCUUUUGGGCACAGUUCAUAUAGUUGCACUAGUGAAAUCUAUCUACCAUCUCAGGACUUGCCUAAAGAAGUGAAUCUUAUUGAAUUAGUUUGGGGAAAAUCCAACUCUAAUCAUAACCGAGAAAGAUAAUACAGCUGCAUCUCGUAAGCAUUAUGAGUUACAUGGUUGUAUCAUUUUCUCUGUUGCCAUUCAAAUCAAAGUUCACACGAUAAAUGGACCGCCCCAUACUCGACACCUAUUGGUUUGAUACAGCUAAUGUUCAUGGCAGCAUUCGCUUUUUGUCUCUGUCUGUCUUAAAAGAAUUUUCCAUCUUUAUUUGAUUGGAUGUGUAUUACUUUGUCAGUAUUGCUUGAACUGCAUCUGUUUGUAUUGCGGCAGCAGCUGUUGGCUGCUUAGUAAGGGCAUGUAUUUUCGUAGUACUGUUAAAGCUAUUCCAUUUGUGCUGUACUUGUGCCCAUUAAGGCCAGUUGAAAAUAGGUUGUAAAACGUGAAGAUGGUAUUGAGCUUCUUCAUCAAGGGGGUUACUUGGGUAAGGUUGAUGAAGUGUGGCUAUCUCAAAGGUGGAGAUGCUGUAUCUGGUUUGCUGGAGCUGUGGUGGAGAACUUUGUAUGAGAGCUGCUGUUCCUGUUCAAUUGGAGCAGGCAACAUAUGGUUGUCUGUAAAUGAUUCCUGCGACCGAAUGUUAGAUUUGAGGCACGGAGCAUGGAGGGAGAAAAGUGCCCUACCAAAAAAGCAACAGACAUGGUCUUGUGGUGAUAGUUUUGAGUUCUUGCGUCAAGUGCUUCAAUAACACGAUCUGCAUUGGUGAUUGAGGCUGGCGUCCCAAGGGUUUCAUGGCAUCUUUUGCAUCAAUGAGUAUACAAUUUCUUUUCCCCAACUUCCCCUCAUCGGCUCUUGCUAUUUAUUCGCUUCAGUUUGCUGAAAUAUUAUUUGCUUUGGAUUUGGAUUUGAGAUCGCAUGUUUGAGUUUGAAUCAAGUGAUCCAGUUCUAGGAGCAGUCAUCCGUUUGUUGAUGGUUUCCAGUACGUUGCUAGGGUAUCCAUGUUUGUGCUAUUCAGGCCCUCAUGGUAAUAGGAAUGUGGCUGGUUUGGUUCAAAUUGUACCGAGCUGCAAACCACCCAUUAUUCUGUACAGCAGGCCACACUUGGAGUCAAAUUUGCGGGUUUUUGCUUGUACGUUGGGUAAUAGGUGUAGUUUUACUGGACUAAGCUGCAAUGGAAUUGAACCAUGAAAUGGGAACCAAUUCAGUGCGGUCAAGAUAACCACUAUCCAGCACCUGAACAAUGGUUAGAAUGGUUGCGGUUCAGCUCGGUUAUACGUGAUUGGUUGCCCCUCCCUACGCCAUAAUUAUGGCCUGCUAUGCCUAUUUUGGUGUAGUUUUUUCAAGGUAUAUAAAUCGUCUGUGGUGGAUCUAUCAGCUCAAAGUGGUUAGAGCACCUUAGGCCGUUGGGCUUGAGGAGGAUGGUGGUUCGAAUCCAUCUGGAUCCGUUUUCAUAUUUGGUAUUGGCAAUCCACUGCUAGUUCUAAACACUGGAGCUUUAAAAUAAUUGAUUGGUUGGUGGUGCGUUUUUUUAAUUUUAUUAUUUGACAGGUAAUAUCAACUGAUUCCACAACGUUUCAGUUAGCUUUCAGAAUGGAACGGCGAGACUCUGUAUUGAAAUGGCGGCGACCUCAACGUUUCAGUUAGAUUUCAGAAUCAGGCCGACAGGUGGGGCAGCCAUGACUCUGUCAGUGGAUUAUCUCCUCUUUCAUUUAAUCAAAUGCUAUUGUUAACUUAUACAGUUCACACUCUUUGGCGGAAAAAAUCCCAAAGUACACUAGUUCUUAAAAAAAAAUUCCCAAAAUACAUAAGUUAUAAAAAAAAUUUCCAAAGUACACAUGUUUGAGCAUCACCGUGUUAGACAAAGGCGGUGAAGGUCAUCACCGCGUUUGACGAAGACUAUGAGUAGGGGUGUGCAAUGGUCCGGUCCGUACCGGACCACACCGGACCAAACCGUUGUUAAGACCGGACCGGACCAGACCGAGUAAAAUACGGUCCGGUCCUUGGUCCUAAUGAAUUUUAUAAUUACUGAAGAAAUGGUGGACCGAGCUCAUAUUUGGACCGGACCGAACCGGACCAAAUGGACCGAAUGCAAGAAUGGUCCGGUCCUUGGUCCUAACAUGUCUUUCACUAAUGGACCGCGGUUCUCAUGAGUUUGGUCCGGUCCGGACCGAACCGAACCGUUGCACACCCCUAACUAUGAGUACUUCACCGUUUUAAACUAAAACGGUGAUGUAUUCACCGUUUCAAACUAAAACGGUGAAGGGUUCACCGCGUUUGUUAAAAACGGUGAACACCUCACCGUCUUAAACAAAAACGGUGAAGCCUUCACCGUUUUUGCUGGACACGGUGAAGUGGCUGACGUGGACAGCACGGGUAUUCACCGCGUUAGACAAACACGGUGAAUACCCCGUGUUUGUUUGCGUCAGCGAUCCGCGUCAGUGUGCUUUCACCGUGGCCGUCAGAUGCGGUGACGCGGAUUGUGGUUUUCUUCCCACGAUCCGACGCCUCACAACACGCCACGUCAGCUCUGCCUUCACCGCGUUUGGUUAAAGCGAUGAGUUCACCGCGUUCAUCAAACGCGGUGAAUGUUCCCCUAAUAACUGCGCAGCAGCUCC